ACCACCGCCGACACCUCAAGUCCCUUUGCCUUCUCGCCCCCUUCGACUCCUCCUUCGCUUCCUGCAGCUCUACCAGCUUCGGCUUCGAAUACGCCCAAUAUGCCAGCGCCAAGCGUAGGCCACGGCUUCACGCAGAUCCUCCGCCGUCGUCGCUCCAACGGCGCCAUCGCACCCGCCUCCCCUCCCCAACCUUCCCACGCAAACGCCAAUGCUCCCUCCUCCAACACCAACAACAGUAACAACAACACCAACAACAGUCAACCAGCAGGCUCGAGGACCGCACCGCUGCCUUUCGCCUCGGUACCGCACGGUAUCGCCUUUGCUUCCUCAAAUGGUAAUAGUAAUGGGGGUGGCGGAGGAGGAGGAGGAGGAGGAGGUCAUCUAUUCAGUUUCGGACACUCCCCGCCUAAUAGACCCGCAGUCCCUCCAUCAGCCAAUACCCGCGCCCAAUCCAUGCCCGGACCCAACUCCUCCUCCUCAAACGCCACCCCCACCGCCGCCAACCCUCACCCCACCUCCACCUCCGCCUCCGCCUCCAAUGCCGCUAAUGGAGGACAAGGACAAGGACAAGGACAAGGAGGCCAAGGGAACAGGCACCGCAUCCGCCUAGUCCCACACAUCGAUUCCCGCCGUUCAUUACGCUUCGAGCCCAUCAUGCGCGACGUGCUCGAGAACGAUGCGCCGCUUCGAAUCGGAAGGUUCACAGACCGGAGCGGUAUGGGCGUCGCUGCGGCCAACGCGACAGGCUCUAACAAACUCGCGUUCAAAUCGAAAGUCGUCUCUCGCUCACAUGCCGAGAUAUGGUGCGAAGGUCCUCCUUCACUCAGCGCGCUCAACCCCGGCCCUUCACCCUCACCCAACAACGGCAACGGCACCGGCGUCGCGGCGAAGUUUUAUAUCCGCGACACGAAGAGUAGUUCGGGGACGUUUUUGAACCACGUCAGAUUGAGCGCUGCGAAUUCGGAUUCGAGGCCGUUUGAGCUUAAGGAUGGGGAUACGUUGCAGUUGGGCGUGGAUUAUCAGGGGGGGACGGAGGAUAUCUAUAAGUGUGUGAGGAUUAGGGUUGAGAUUGGAAGGGAGUGGCAGGCGGGGGCGAAUGUGUUUAACACCAACGCCCUCCGCCAACUCCGCGCCCUCGCAGACGUCACCACCGCGCCUCUCGCCAUCAAUACGACGGGCAAAGCGCCGGGAGGGGGCACGAUUGCGAAGAAAGCGAUGCCGAAGAGUGGGUUUGCGGAUUGUUGUAUAUGCCUCUUCUCAGUAACGAUCCAACAAGCCCUCUUCAUCGCCCCCUGCUCCCACGCCUUCCACUACAAAUGCAUCCGACCCCUCCUCGAAACACAUCAUCCAGCAUUCUCCUGUCCUCUCUGUCGGACGUUCGCGAAUCUGGAGGAGGACGUCGAGGUGGAUACGGUCUCGUUGAACCUUAAAUCCGAUGACGAUAUUGCGGAGUUGGGAGAGAUUGGGACGCCGGUCGUUGAACUAGGUGCAGGUGGGAUUGGAGGAGGAGCAGGUGGGAUUGGAGGAGGGGUAGGAGGGAUCGGAGGAGGAGCAGGCGGGAUUGGAGGAGGAGGGAUGGGAGGGGCAGGGAUCAAUAUUGGGGGACAGACACCGGUCGCGCCGGGGAUAUUGGCGCUUGCGACGGCGGCUGCUACUCUCUCAGCUCGUGAAAGGGAAGAAGGAGGAGCGGGGGCGGAGACUGAAGUCGAAGAAGGCGCGGGGGCUACCGUUGGCCGUAGGGGUCGAAGGACUCGCAAUGCUAACACCAGGGGGUUACCGGAAGAAGAGAUGAUGGAGAUGGAAAUCUCGGACGAACAUGAGUUUGAUGGGUUGAUGGAUGAGGGGUAUGAAAGGGAUGGGUUUGAGAGGGAUGGCGAGGGCUUGGAAGAUUCGGCCUUUGUCGAUGCAGAUGCGGAUGGAUAUGAGAGGGAGGAGGAGGAUGUGGGGAUGCUUGUUGAUGGUGAUGAGGGGAGCGGGAGUGGGAGUGCGGAUGGGGAGGGGAGUGAGUUGUCUGGGGGGAUGGGUGGUGGCGCAGGGACAAAUGGCGGAGGGAGUGGGAGUGCGGUGAUGGGCAGAAGGGGGGAGGAGGGGGAUAGGGUUGUUAAGAGGAAGCGGUGAGGAGGUGACGCACCGAUAGAUAUUUACUUCCCCGCGGCGCAUCUAUUACGCUCUCCUUUCUCAAAUUCUCAUCCCUCGUCGUCCAUCUAUCUCAUCAUCCUGCUCGGAUUUUGCCUCCAGUCCCGUCCCGUUUCGACCACCUACAUAUACAUAUACUUUCUCGUCCCCAUGCACAUUUCUCUGUACAUAUAUUCACAUUCACUCCCAUUCCCGUUUCCCAUCCCAUUCCUCUCCCGAUCCUUCCGUUACCUUUUCCCUUUCUACCUUUCUUUCUCCCUGAUUACCUUCUUUCCGUUCCCUCUUGACCUUCUUUCCGUCCCCUUUUGAUAUUUUGGCCUUUCGAUCUGUCCAGUUCCGCGUCCCGUCUCGUUAUUAUUCCCUUUCUUUCAAUUAUUCUCGUUCAUGUCUUAUAUCACGAUCAAUGAUGACCCUUCAACCCCAUUGCCCUCCUAUAUCGUCCCAUUGCCAUUGCUGGCCCCGGGCCCAACAUCGACGAUGCGGACCACCACCAGCGCAUUGCACUGCACCACCGUCCUACUGCCAUCGUGCUGCACCACGCCACGCCACAACAUAACAUAACACAAACCCGAGUCGAGCAGAGUGGAAGUCUUGAUAGUGGUUUGGGUCGCUCACCGUCAC